GAAUGCGCGUUGCAUCGCCAUCCUCGCGCUGCGCAAUGACAACUUACGUUACGUUUCCUCCUGAAUUUUGACUCAACACUCACCGUUUUCCCGUUAGAUUCCAUCAAAUGACACUGCUGAUCCUCGAAACGUGAACACCAUAUACAUGUAUACGAUUCUGGAAUAAAGCGAUUGGUUCGAAGCUACGCGAUAUACGUCAUGGUGGCCGCCGUACCUACAUUCUCAUUGGUGCCUGAAACACAAUAUUGUUGAUAUUGAUAAAGAAAAUGCUGCACCUUCGUCAAUUUGGAAUACGAUUACAUAGCACGGCUGCUGCAACUUCGACCACUACAGCAGGAAAACGUUUAGAUUCUAUUCUAAGAGUAGAUCAUGCUGGAGAGUUGGGAGCAGAUAGAAUUUAUGCAGGGCAAAUGGCUGUUUUGGGUAAUACUGUAAAGGGUCCGUUGAUUCAGCAUAUGUGGGAUCAGGAGAAAAAGCAUCGUGCUAAAUUUGAAGAAUUAAUACGAAAAUAUCGUGCGCGACCUACGGUAUUUACACCUGUUUGGAAUAUUGCUGGAUUUGUUCUUGGUGCUGGGACAGCACUAAUGGGAGAGAAAGCAGCUAUGGCGUGUACCGUGGCUGUCGAAACCGUCGUAAUAGACCAUUAUAACGAUCAAUUACGUAAUUUAAUGGAAAUGAAUGAAGGGAUAGAUAAAGAAUUAUUAGAAACUAUUAAAACUAUUCGUGACGAGGAACAAGAGCAUCACGACAAUGGAUUAGAACAUGGAGCUGAACAAGCCCCUUUUUAUAAGGCUCUCACGAAUAUUAUUAAGAUAGGCUGUAAAACUGCUAUUUCCAUUUCUAAAGUAGCUUAAAUUAUAUUAAUUUAUUCGAAUUAUGUGAUAGUAGAUAUAAGUAUUUGUUAUUAUUUUAAUAUCAUUUGACGUUUGUUUAAAAUAAACUUUUUUGUUUUUAAUAGUU